AUGGGUGCUAGUAAAACAAUCAAAGUACAACCAUUAUCUGAAGCCGAGUCGUGGGAGCUUUUUGUUGAACUAGUUGGUGAACAUGUUGCCGAUGGUAUAAAGUGCUUUGCUGAAAAAAUUGUUCGAAGGUGUCAGGGUCUGCCUCUUGCAAUUGUCACUGUUGCUCAUGCAAUGGCAAAUCGACAUGGGGUUGGUGAGUGGGCAAAUGCGGUAAGAGAAAUGGAUUUAUCAGCCACAAAUCUCCGAGGUAUGAUAAAUGAAGUACUUCUUCCUUUAAAAUUCAGUUUUGAUAGAUUGGAGGAUGAUAUGCUUAGGAGUCUAUUUCUUUACUGUGCCUGCUUCCCUGAAGACCAUAGCAUAAGAAAACGUGAGAUAUUAUGUUAUUGCAUUGGAGAAGGAUUAGUAGAUAGAUUAGGUAGUCUAGAAGGUGCGAGGAAUAAAGGUGAGGCUCUGAUAGGAAGCUUAAAAAUUGCUUGCAUGUUAGAGAAUGGAGAGAAGAAAGGUAGUGUGAAGAUGCAUGAUAUGAUGAGGGAUCUUGCACUUUGGAUUACUUCUUCUUUAGAGUUUUCUGAUAGUAGUCCCAAGUUCUUGAUAAGGACUGGUAGAUCAGUUAAGGAGGCACCAAAGGCUCAUGACUGGGUUGAUGCAUCAAGGAUUUCACUACUUGAUACCGAAAUAGGGCAGUUGCCGGAGUUAGGCGAGAAGUGCGAAAAACUAACCACUUUACUAUCCAGUAAUGUGUCAUUUGGGAACAACAGGAUCCACAAUUUUAUUCCCCCAACAAAUUUCUUUCAACACAUGAAUCAUCUUAGCAUACUUAAUCUUUCUGAUAGCCAGACAUUGGAAUAUCUCCCAGAUUCCUUGUCAUGUUUGGUGAAUCUUCGGGUGCUAAUGCUGAGGCAAUGUGUAAGGUUGAAAGCAUUGCCUGCUGCGCUGGGAAUGCUCCAACAGCUCCAAGUUUUAGAUUUGAAGAGUUGUGAAAAAUUACACCAGCAAAUCCUCGGAUCUGAAUGUGAGGGAGGUGUAAGUAAUUUAAGAUACUUGGAUGUGUCAUAUUCUCCAGUUUCAAUUCCAGCGGGGGUAAUUUCUCGCUUUCACAAAUUGGAGGAAUUGAGAUUGUAUGGAGCCGAUUACAUAAAAUGGAAGUUGAACAGUGCUGCUGAAGAUGAAAAAUGGGAUAUUGGGAGUAGUGGGCCUAAUCAUCAUAAAGUACAUACAAGGGAGGAGGAGGAGGAGCAGGAGGAGGAUGAGAGAAGUGGUGGUACUGAGGGGUCUUCUACUAGUAGUGACACUGACUGUGUCGACUCCAGUAUGAUCAAUAAUAUCAUUGAUGUGGAGGAGUUGUCCCACUUGACCUCUUUAACAUCUCUUACCAUUGCCUUCGAGAAUAUCAUUAUUUCUGAUUGGUUCAAACCUUUGGCCAAGUUGAUUAUGAGAUUGGAGCUGAAACGUUGCAGAGUCGUAAGACAAGAUGCUCUACAAGCUCUUAAUGAAUCCCAAAAUCUACGGUUCUUAGAAAUUAAGGAUUGUGCGGGUGUGACAUGUGUGCCCACUCGUGUUGAAACUAGUCUUACAAUAGAUAAUUGUGAGGACUUGGAGAAGGUGUUGGAUGGAGUGGAGGAGGAGGUGCACCAUCAAGAUUCUUUUGAGGGAUUAAACCUAUUUAGAUUGCCAAAUUUGAAUAGGAUAUGUGGGAGUCUCGCACCAUUAAAUUGUUUUGCUCAACUACGGUGGAUAAACAUAUCGCAAUGCAAUAGCUUGAAGAUGGUCUUCACAAAGGGAAUGCCACGUCUGUUCAACAACUUGGAAUGGAUUUCAGUUGAGGAAUGCAAUGCAAUGAAAGUAAUAAUUGAAGAAGCCGAUGAUGAGGAAGAAGAAGAAGUUGGUGUCAUCUCACCCUUCCCAAGACUCAGAAAAUUAUGUCUAAUAGACCUACCAUCACUACAUGACUUGUGCAGCAACCAUAUCUUGCAUUGCCCCAUUAUAAGAGAAGUGUAUGUGAGAAACUGUCCGAGGUUAAAGAAGGGUUUUCUACAUAAAUAUGAAACGCAGACAGAUUACUUGUCAUCAUCGAGGGGGAAGAGUGGUCGAACGAAGGCAAUAAUGAGAUCAUGGAAGAGGAAAUUACUCAAGCUUCUCCGUGAGUGA